AUGGCUUCCAGAUCAGAGGAGGAUCUCUGCUGUCCGGUCUGUCAGGACGUCUUUAGACAUCCUGUUCUUCUGUCAUGUAGCCACAGCUUCUGUAAAGACUGUCUGAAGAGCUGGUGGAAAGACAAACAAACAAAGGAGUGUCCAGUUUGUAAGAGAAGAUCUUCAAAAGAACCACCUUUAAACCUGGCGUUAAAGAACCUGUGUGAGGCCUUCUUACAGGAGAGAGAUCAGAGAGCUUCAGAGGCUCUCUGCAGUCUGCACUCUGAGAAACUCAAACUCUUCUGUCUGGACCAUCAGCAGCCAGUGUGUCUCGUCUGCAGAGAUUCAGACAAACACACCAACCACAGAUUCAGACCCGUUGAUGAAGCUGCACGACAACACAAGAAGGAAGUUGAGGAAACUCUGGAGCCCUUAAAGGAGAAGUUAAAGGUUUGUGAACAAGUUAAAGUGAAGUGUGAACAAACAGCACAACACAUGAAGGUCCAGGCCCGACGCACAGAGAGGCAGAUUAAGGAGCAGUUUAAGAAGCUUCACCAGUUUCUAGAAGAGGAAGAGGAGGCCAGGAUGGCUGCACUGAGGGAGGAAAAGGAGCAGAAGAGUCAGAUGAUGAAGGAGAAGAUGGAGGCUGUGAGCAGAGAGAUAGCAGCUCUUGCAGACACAGUCAGAGCCACAGAGGACGAGCUGAGAGCUGAAGACGUCUCAUUCCUGCUCAACUACAAGGCUGCAGUGGACAGAGUCCAGCAGCGCCCCCUGCUGGAUGAUCCACAGCUGCUCUCAGGAGCUCUGAUAGACGAGGCCAAACACCUGGGCAACCUGACCUUCAAAAUCUGGAACAAGAUGAAGGACAUGGUCUCCUACACUCCUGUGAUCCUGGAUCCAAACACUGCUAGUCCAUAUCUCAUCCUGUCUGAAGAUCUGACCAGUGUGAGAGGAGCAGAGGAGGAGCAGCAGCUUCCUGAUAAUCCAGAGAGAUUUGAUCAACACUGGUCUUCUCGCGCCUCUGAGGGCUUUAACUCAGGGACUCACAGCUGGGAUGUCGAGGUUGGAGACAGUACAGGGUGGGGCCUGGGUGUGUUAGCAGAGUCUGUCAAGGGGAGGGGACACAUGCGGUCUAAAUUAUGGGGAAUACGGAUGUUUAACGGUGAAUACUCAGCAUGGUCACCACCGGAUUUAUCAACUGAUCUUCAUCAUCAGAAGAAGCUCCAGAGGAUCAGAGUGAAUCUGGACUGGAACAGAGGAAAGCUGUCGUUCUCUGAUCCUGAUACUAACACACACAUACACACCUUCACACACACUUUCACUGAUAGGAUGUUUCCAUACAUUAGCUGUUUGGAUAAAGUGAAGAUAUUACCACUGAAGAUCUCUGUGACAGGUAAACUGAGCAGUUAGAGAUGAAGAGGAUGAUUAUAUCCAUGAUGUUGUUUAUUCCUUUAAAGGAAAAGUCACUGAAUUGAAUCCAGUGAGCUGCACCUGUCUCCCUGCUGUCUCAUUAUUCCAAAGAUAUGUUUAUUUUGUUUCAGUCAUUGUUUUUAUUUUAUUUUUGUUGUUAUUAAGUUCAACAAUCUGAUUUUGUUUCUGUAUUUUGAAAUUUCAAAUGUAAAAUUAUGUCAUUUCAUAACUGAUUGUCACUGCUCGUCUCUCAUUUCAAGAGUUUUGAAAUGAGAUGUUCACUGAUGCAGAAGAACAUGAACAUGAGCAUGUAAACAAGACAAAAUAAAGGUGUAUUAAAUAUGCAUUACGUAAAUAAAGGGAAGAAACAUUAAUGAUAAUAAUGAUAAUUAGAAAAAACCUUAGUCUACAUACAGGACUUCCUUAACCCCUUCUAUUCCCUUCUCCAUUACCCUUGUCUCACUCAUAAACUCACACAGUAAGUAUGAGUUUAUGAGUUAGGUACAUAGUACAACUCAGGAACUGUACUUUGUGCAACCUGUGAUAUGAGAGGCUGUCAGAUUGUGAUUUUCAUGGGAGUCUGACUCACAAGUCAGUCUUGAGAUGUUUUGCUUAUCUAAAGACUGAUGACUUUCUCCCUGAUUUUGUGUUUAGAUGGGCGGAUACAAUUCAAUGUAAGUCCUUCAUUUCCACAAUCUUGUGGACUGAGCACACAUUUGAUAAAAUGGAGUUACAUCUCUCGGCAUCCAUUUUCAAGCUCUCUGUGUGUUUGUGUCCUCACGGACGAGAAAAGGGGGAGCACACAUUUCUGGGAGGGCGUGUCCUUUUCAAAAAUGCAAGAGAUGUUGCUUUGUUGCCGGCCGUUUUCUCCGGUGUGUUAAACACACUUUAGAAAGGAGUGUCCCCAGACUAUCAGAAGGCGGAGAUCUCUGAUUGUCUGGUGGCGAGACUACCCUCUAAGAGGCUCUUAUCCUUUCCAGGUGUAGUGUGCUGGUUAGGUCAUGUAGUCACACACUAUAGGUUGGACCUGUUGUUCCUAUCCAUGACAUUAGUAACAGCUUUAUUUGUUGUAAUGAUACAGUAGGGGAGGAAUUUUUGUUGGGCAAUGGAGUUUUUUAAUGCUUCAGAUACACCCUGAAUGAUUAGUAUGGGUUCUUGUUCCAGUGAAACAUUAAUAAUUUCUGAGAUGCUGUUAAAGACAUUGGACCAAAAAGAUGAAACCUUAGGGCAGAAGACAAAGCUGUGAGAAAGGAUUGGCUCUGAGGUCUGACAUUUAUCACAAGCUGGUGACGUAUUUGGAUAUAUGUUGUGUAUUUUGGCCUUGGAAUAGUGGAGUCUCAGUAGUGUUUUAAAUUGUAUAAGACAGUGUCUGGCGUUGUAGCAUUUGUGUAUGUGUUCAAGACUUUUUUGGCAUUGUAAAAAAGUAUUUCUAUAUAUUUCGUAAAUUAUGUAUGACAGCAUUACGGUAGUAGAUUGAUUUAUCAACUGAAGUGGGAGCUAUGAGUAUAGCACCAAUAGAGAAGGGUGUAGAUGUUUCUUACCUAUCCUAUGUGAUUUGUAAUACCACAAGAAAGGAAUUAUUGUGGAGUCUCAUCUCUUAAAGAAUGACUUUGUUAGAAAUAGGGAUAGUUUGCCUUAGAUAUAAUAUUUGAGAUAAAAAAAGAUCAUCUUAGAGAUCUUUGAGAUCACUCUGCCAACUAGGGAGAUGGGAAGAGUUUUACUUUUUAAUGUGUCUAUUAGGGAGUAGAAGUUGGCCUGCAGUUGGAAUUUUUUGUUGCUAUCUUAAAUGGAAAUUGUUCAAAAGCUUUUAGAAAGGUCAAAUUGACUGGCAACAAUAUACUUUAAUUCCAAUUAAUACUGUAUCCUGAAAAUGUACCAAAAAAUAAAUUUUCUCUAAAACAGCUGAUAUAGUAGUUUGCAGUUUUGUUAUAUACAGAAGAACAUCAUCUGCAUAUCAUGAUAUGUUGUUUGUUUUUUCUUUUGUAUCAUAGCCACAGAUGUGCAGGUCUCAUCGAAUACUCUGGGCAGGUGGCUCUUUGAUAGAGGGCAGCCUUGUCUUGUUCCCCUAAGUGUAAAGGGAGGAAAAGUGUCAGAUUUGUAAGAUUAUGUGUUUUUGGAUUCUUAUAGAGAAGUUUGAUCCAUGCUAGAAAGUGAAGUCCAAGAUUGACUCUCAGUAGGACCUCAAAUAAAUAUGACCAUUCAAUCUGAUCGACUGUUUUUUCAGCAUCAAGCCCAAGUAUGAGCAGGUCUUUAUUUCCUUUCCUUUUUGUCUAUAUAAUAUUAAAAAAGGUGUCUUCGAGUAAAGAAUUUCUGUUGGGUAUGAAGCCUGUUUGAUCCAUAUGCACCAAUUGGUUUAAUAAAGGGUUUGUUCUAUUGGCUAAGGUUUUAGCAAACAACUUUCUGUCUACAUUCAGUGGAGAGAUCAGGCGAUAUGAGCCUAUCUCUUGCACAUCUUUACCUUUUUUGGAAAACACGGUAAUUACUGCUUCUGUUAAGGUUGGUGGGACAGUGCCCUCUAACUGGGCUUUUGUUUACAUUCUAUGUAAGUAUGGCAAUAGAGUUUUAUUGAAUUUCUUGUACAGUUCAUUCGAAAUCCCAUGUAGGCCUGGUGGGUUUUUUUU